AUGCAUUGCUUGGUAUGCUCUGGACGUGCAACCAAUAGAAACUAUGGCGCGAUGUCUUGUUUUGCUUGCAAAAUGUUUUUCCACAGAACAGUGUACAAAAAACUGUUAUUUCGAUGCAAACGUAUCCAAAUUUGCACUAUCCACUUCAAAACUCACCCAAAAUGCCGAGCCUGUCGAUUCCAAAAAUGCUUGAAUUUAGGAAUGAAGCUAGCUCCUUCAAAUGAUCAAAUAGUUAAUAUUGGCAAUCAGUCUGAUUAUAACUUUGUCAAGUUGUUGGAUGAUUUGAAAUUUAAAAACGCUCGAAAUUAUUUAAAAUUUAUAAACUUCUAUUCUUUGGAGGAUCCGAGCUUGUCCGAGAUAUUACAUGAUAAAAUUAUCAUGAAAUUUGUAAAAAGGACAUCCGAGACUAAAAUUAACGUUCAACAAAACUGAAAUAUGUUGUCUUACACUCGAAUAUCCUAUUUUCUCGAUUUCAACUUUAUUCGAGACCUAGAUUACAAAAAUACACUGUUUAAAUAUAAUAUUUUGAGAGCUGGAUGCUUAGCACUAGCCAUGUGCUCAUAAAACAAAAACAAAUCGAAAUUAACAUUUCCGAAUGAUGCUGAUAUUUUUCCAUCUGAAAUGUAUAAUCUUUGUGGAAGUUCUACAGCUGUUCUGAAUCAAGUGUCGGGACAAGUGAUCGCCAAGUUUACAGAAUUGAAAAUCAAACAAGAAGAGUAUUUUCUUCUAACACUGCUCAUGUUUUGUAACACCUCACGAGUGAUCUAUGCGACAAAACAAAAUUCGUUUUAUCCUCACAUCAACAAACCUACUGCUCUGCUUUGCUUCGUUUUUGCCAGCUGGAAUAUUCGAAAUCUGCACCAACUCGAUUCGCAGAGCUUUUAUCACUUUUUGGAAUAGUGAACAAGUCGGUUGAUAAUUCAAACUAUUUGAACAUGAUGCUUCAAUGUUCCGAUCCAAGUUCAAGAGAAUGA